UCACUCUCUUACAACGAGACGGCUACAAAAGUCCCAUUGACUUGCUCAUCGUUGAUGAGAUUUCUGAUAAUCUUGACAAUAACGUUACUGGUGACCUACGUAACAUACCACACUUACGAAACCUACCUCUAGCGCAUCCAAUCACAAGUGACACCACACUGACUAUAGAUGUACUUAUUGGUGCGGAUCGGUAUUGGGACUACGUAGGAAACCACAUUAUAAGGGGAACCAGUCCUGUAGCAGUUUCCUCUGCCUUUGGUUAUUUAUUUUCGGGACCAGUCUAUUCAACUAAGAGAAGAGGCCAUAAUACGAAUACAUUUCAUAUUUCCUCGAUCAAAACACCAGACCCCGAGCUCGAUAAACUUGUCGCCAACUACUGGGACCUCGAAACGGUAGGCAUCCAUGACACCAUCAAAGUAAGCGAAACCAAAGCCACCCAUGAUGAACAACAUCGCCAAUUUGUUGAUAAUUGCUUGUCCAGCAAGGACGGAAGGUAUAUCGCUAAGUUACCAUGGCGACCAGAUCAUGAUAUUUUGCCGACAAACUUACAGUCAGCCACCUCACGCACCAGAAAUAUGAUCAACAAAUUGCCAAGCGAACUUGUGAAAGUUUACGACACCAUCAUACAAGAUCAACUUAAGCAGGGCUUCAUCGAGGAAGUCACCGACGACGAUCGAGAAAUCGGACACUACCUGCCUCAUCGAUCGGUCUCGAAGGACAGCGAGUCCACUCCGAUCAGAAUCGUAUAUGAUUGUUCAGCAACUUCAAAACGGGAUCAACCCAGUUUAAAUCAAUGUUUAGUCACCGGACCGCCACUGCACAACUCGCUGACGUCGAUACUAAUUCGAUUUCGCUCAAACCCAAUAGCUAUGACGGCAGACAUUGAGAAGGCAUUUCUGCAGAUACAGCUGGAUGAAUCCGACAGAAAAUUCACUAAAUUUCUGUGGUUAAGCGACCCGACUGACAUUGCUAGUCCCUUCAAGACGUACCAAUUUAAGGCAAUAUUGUUCGGCGCAACCAGUUCACCUUUUACUUUAAACGCGGCACUGCGACAUCUGACCGAUUCAUAUUCCGAUAAUCCUACUGCAAUUAAUUUGCAAAAGAAUUUAUAUGUGGACGACGUGGUUACUGGCUGUGAUACACCAAUGCAAGCGUUGCAGUUUUACGAACAAUCCACUGAAAUGCUCGCUACACACGUCUCAGAACGUGCUUACGGUGCUUCAGUAUACUUGGUCUCUGAACACGAAUCUACACUUGUUAUCGCGAAGACACGUGUCACUCCCAUUGGUAAACAAGCGUUGACAUUACCACGACUCGAGUUGAUGGGAGCAUUGAUCGGAACACGGCUUGGCCAGUUUGUAUCUGAAUCCCUUAAAGACAAUUUCAAUAUUACCAAACGCCUUCUGUGGUCGGACAAUCAGAUAACACUACACUGGUUGAACGGGCGAGGGAGACAAGAUGUCUUUACUAAAAACCGCGUUUUGGAAAUCACAUCCCACCAUCAAGAGUACCGCUACGUACCCACUUCACAGAACCCAGCUGAUCUCUUAACCAGGGGAAUUUCUCCGCGUCAACUGAGUGAGUCUCGUGUUUGGUGGUUUGGCCCCGAUUGGUUAACUAAUAGCGCAUUAUGGCCGAAAUGUGAAUUGUUUCCUAUCGAAAUAACCGAAAGUGUCAACGAACAAUUGGAUCCUGCGACUGCGCCAAAAUGUCUCACAGAAACUGCGAUACAUCAUAUGUCAACUGUCACUAAGCCAACUUUGCUGCAAACAGAAUUCGGUGACAUACUACCCGCUACAAAUAUGCGUGAUACUCCAGUGAAUACUGACAAUUUUCCGCGCCAAGUUGGAUUCAGUAUUGACAGUAUAUUUCAAGUCAAUAAUUAUCGCGAUCUCUCUCAUUUAUUACGAAUUACGGCUCUUGUACUACGUUUCGUACAUAAUAUUAAAGCAAAGCUAACUCGACGGCCAUUGAACAUUUCUAGUCUCAAUGGAAACGCACCAACUGCGUCCGAGAUCAAUGACGCUGAGCACAGGUGGUUGAAAGCUGUUCAACACAUUCACUACUCGGACGAAAUACUCUAUUUACAGCGCCAGGCGAAACAAGUUGGACCACUUUGUAAUCAACUCAAGUUAUUUCUCGAUGAUGACGGGAUUCUACGAGCAGAGGCCGACUCCAGAACACAUCCCUUCCCUAUGAUA